AUGUUACGCUUCACAGUGAACCAGCUAUUGUUGCUGGUGUUCGCUGUUUGUUCGACAGUUGCAGGGGAGAAGGCAUUAAAGUUAGCAUCGCUCUCGAUCGCUGAUAUUGCAUCUCUCCCGAAACCUAAUAAAUCCGCUUACACCGAAGAUAUGUUUUGGUGUAUCAUGGGUAUGAACUGUCUUAUUCCUAAAACUCUCUGUAGCGCCAUGGUUUCUAGGAAACCUUUUUUGGUUAGAGGAAAGACAACCAAAGCAUUGCUUUACCCCUUCUAUUGGGUUGAUAGUAAAAUGGUUGCUACGCAACAGAGCAAUUGCACUGCAUUUUUGUAUUACUAUGGACCUGUCACUUCCGUGAAUGCUCUUUGGUACAACGUAAACCUGGACUUGCGUGAUCGCAAGAGGAUAGAGUUUACGGAAAAGGCGAAGUCGCGCUCUAGGCAUCUGCAAGUCAUUCCUAUGCCAAAACAUGUGGGCGAUUACGGUGAUGAGAUCGUAACACUCAUGUAUUCACAAUGGAAGUUUGGUGGUGAACAACUUGUCACUAUCGGUGAUGUCUACCUGUUGAAGGCCCCGUCAAAAAUCAUCUUUGAGGUGGAUAUCAAUGGCGAGCUUCGUGUAUUAUUGAAAGAUUUGGCUCGAGGCCCUAAUAUAAUUCUGGGAUGCAACUUCUUUAAAGCAAAUAAUGUUAAUAAAUAUAAUCUCCUUUUGCCCACAGUGAGUUGUGGUAAAGACCGUAUGGCCGUAUCCCAGGUUCAAGAUAUCGCAAAAACAGCGAAAAUUGGCAUUUUCAAACUCUAUAUAUACAUCAAGCCGUACAGUAGCGAUGACUAUGGAAAUUUGAUAGGUGUGGUGAGCAUGAUCAAACAAGAUUUAAUUGGGCCGGUUAAGGUUGCCGUCACGCCAUCUGAGAUUAUUGUUAGAAUUUGGGGCAUAGACACCAUGUUUCUUAAACUUCAUAUGGCAGUUCUUUCAGCUACAUCAAUCACCGGUUCUGGGAGCCUUUGUGGCAGUGACUCAGCGCAGUGGUACGAGGUCGGGUUCCCCGUGAAAGUACCUUCACCGUCAGGCGAACGUGUCAUUGCAAUACAUCUGCCUCUACGUUUGGCAGGGGAGCGUGUUUUGAUUUGUGGUACCUUAGAUCGGGAAAUUGAGGAUAUAAAACGAUACACUAUGCCAUUUGCGCUGACGGUGCUCCAAAAUGAUUCUCCAGCGGUUGGAUACCCUAGUAUAAUAAAUGUUGAUGCUUUGGGUAGAGCCAGCAUUACUUUGGACCGUCUCAUUCACCCCUUGAGUGAGAUUCGUCUAACACCAGCUGACGAUGAUAUUAUGCUUAGCAUACAUGGGCAUUCUACUUCAGCUCAACUGACUAAAAUCUUCAAGAGGGUGACGAGUGAGACGAAAAAGACCAUGGAUAAAUUGGGAGAUGUGUCUUUAGACCCAUCUUCGAUUCAAAGACUUGUUGCUCAUAAAGACUUUCGGACGUUGCAACCCUCCUAUCUUACCUACACCCCUAGUUUUUCGUACCAGUUGGGUACUCGCAGGUUUUGGUCAACCUCAAUGAAAUUUUUCCCCAAAUUGCUAUUCGGGAUUGACAAACUAUAUAAGAUUUCGGUUUGUGAUCGCUGGCAACACCCACAUUGUUUGUCUGACUCGGACUUUGACAAGGACAUUGGAUAUGUCGUCCCUAACCGAUUCAUCCUCUCCAAGUUUGCAGUUGAGUGGAGGGACAACCAUGUAAUCUUGACUCUUACAACAGCCCCGUUUUGUCCCUUUGUUCCUUUUUUGAUCGCUGUCAAGAUCCCUUCAGACACAAUCGUUGACUACGACCGAGUAUGCAGCAGCCCCUCCUAUUCCGUUGCGUAUGUCAUUGGCAACAGGCGUACUCGUGAUAAGGCCACGCUGAACGAUAUGUAUAAUGGGAGAGUCAUUAACGACUAUGAACUUCAGUAUAAGUUCAGUGGACUUGAGGAGGGUAACGUAUAUUGUAUUUGUUACAAUUUUCAGGGUAGCAAAGACUUUACAUACAGUGUAAAUAGCGAAGAAUCUAUUGUUAAACAGCCAACCCCGUUAGUAGGUUCGACGUUCAAGUUUUUGACAAUCCUCAACCCAUUUAGGUUGUCCAAAAAUCAACACACAUUUUUCCGACCUCAAGAAAACAAUAUGGGUCCAGUGUUCACUACCACUGGUUUCGUUAAGCAAUUACGAUUUAAGGGAAUUUACAUGUCUGAAGAUUUGUCGUAUAACUGUUCGAAUUUAUACAACGAAGCUAAGUCGCAGCCCACAUUUUUUGUCACAAACUCGGCUUCACAGGCAACGAAGGAAAUGCCUUUCGAGUUGAAGCUAGAAAGCAAAUUUCCUUCGACCACUCCUAAACCGUUGCCUGCUGGUUUCUGGUUGACAAUGGAUGAGAAGUCAUGGGUGUUUAAUAAUUCUACGUUAAUGUACCGAGGCAAGGUAAACGCACCUAAAGCGUUGUACAAGGCAUGUGUAUGUUAUGACGAUGGUUGUACGGCAACUGGUACUAUGACAUAUUCGCAAGAACACUCUUUUAACGUCACCCAAUUUGUUGACGUUUCCUUACUGUCUCGCGUGACCGUUGGGUCCUACGUCUGUGUAUACGGCAAAGACGACUUACAUUGUUUCAACACUAUUAGUCAUCUAAAAGCUGCGAACCCUUCGUCUAUAAAGCUUGGGGAUCCUAAAGGUUCAAUACGUGACGUUGUAUUCAAUGAAGAGCGUUGUAUGAUUGUGGUUAAAGAAGGUAAACUGGUGAAAUAUGAUGAGGACUUGAAGCUUAGCCGGGUUAUUCGCACUGCUCAAGAGUUACGUAGAGUCUAUUCAUUCCCAAACGUGGCCUUCUUCUUAUCAUUGGAAGGGGAUUUCUAUUUCGACUUCAGAAUUGAUCCACUGGGCUUCACCGAUAGUGCCGACGAAAAGCUGUCACGUGAACAUGCCGAGAGGACUCUUGCCCUUUUGCGCAAGACUUUGCCUACAGCUUCAGAAACCGAUGACGGUGAAGUUCAUGACAUACCAUCAUUUUUCUCUGCAGGACCUUAUCCCGACAUAAGCAAAGCUACUGAAGCUAUAAUGGAAGACGAUAACAAGCUCUUGGAUCUGUCGACAUAUUCCAAAAUUUCAUUGCCUGGUAUUAAGGGUCGUAUAUUGGCGUUGGAUAUUUUGUCAUCUGAGGCCAUUGGUCUAUAUCAUCUAUUUUACAUUGACGAGUCCCUUUCGUUGCAUUACACCAUUGCCAAUCUACUAGACUAUGGCGGCAAAAUCAUUAUGAACACUUCUCUUGUUUCUAGUUUGGCUUUGACAGAUCAUAUGGACAUAUACGAGAACCGAAAUUUGAUUGUAAAGGGCACGCCUAGGAGCUUUGGGGACACCCCUCAGCUCUUUGUUCUUGUACACAGUUAUGGUUGUUCGAAUUUGUCCAUUUUCGAAGUGCUAGCUGAUAAAUUAAAUUUCUAUGGUCACAUGAAGACUACUGCGAAGAUGGUUGAUUUUGCAUUAGACAGGAACUACCUGUUGGGUUUAACGGCUGGUAUAUCGCGUAUAGGGGAGAUAUCGCAGUCCGUGAUUGAGAUCCCCCUCAAUCGUCUGCUUACUGUUUCCUUGCGCUACCCUACUAUCCCACGUCUUUUGCACGUGAAAGAGGAUUACUCCUUUGAACCGGAAUCCAAUGGUAAUCGUUCCGGUCGCUAUUACACUAGACAAAAGCCAGAACUUGAACAAUACGGUAUGACAUUGGACCCCCUAACAGGUCGUAUCUACGGUAGACCGAAAAAGAGGGGUAAACUUUCCGUGAGCAUAAGAGUUCUGGGUGAUUUUUACACGAGCUACGCCAAGAUAGACUUUGACUUUAUAUGUGAAAUUGGUAGUUUGUACAAUGAAGCAGCAAAGCAGUGCGUUAAGUGUGCUAAAGGAACCUUUUGGAGUGCCUCCGGCGACAAGUUCUCCUGUUUGAAAUGUGAGGACUAUCUCAAGAACAGUUCGACAAUUGACACUGGAGCCCGUUCUGUUUCUGAUUGUCUUUGUGCUCCCGGAUCGUACCUUAAAGAUUUCGAAUGCCACCCAUGUCCACCGGGUACUACCUCGGAGGGUUACGGUUCUGAGAAUUGUCCGUUGGUUGGUGUGACGGAAACGAUUGCUGAUGAGGUUAAGAAGAAUGCCGAAGUUGAUAUGUCUUGCAAGGUAGGAACUUAUCUCAAGGGUGAUGCUUGUGUUGCUUGUACAGUUGGUUUUUACUGUCUAGGCGGUGCCCUGGAACCGUUCCGCUGCAGCUAUGGUAUGACUACGGAAAAGGCUGGCGCUAAGUCCAGCUCAGAUUGUUUGUGUAACGCUGGUUAUGAAUGGACAGAUGGGCGCUGCGUGCCAUGUUCUCGCACAUCAUAUAAGGAGGAGAUCGGUAACACUAGUUGUACAUCGUGUCCCUCGGUUGCCAAUUCAAAGGGUAUGGUAUACACUCCAUUUUACGGUGCUACAUCGCUUCGUCAAUGUAUGCAUUGUACCGAUGGUUAUUAUUACGAUGCCAACAGGUUGUCCUGUGUCCCUUGCCCAGUGGAUUCAUUUUGUCCCGGAAAGGGUUCCAUCCCGUUAUUCUGUCCAAGCAACACUAUGACAAAAGGUACGAAAGCCGCCGGUAAAAACGACUGUUUCUGCCUGAAAGGUCAUGGUUAUGCCCCUACAACUCGGUACAUUCUUUCAUUGGACAACCCGUGUGUACAAUGUCCUAUAAAUACCUUCCAGCACAUGAAUGGUACAACUAUGCCAUGUAUGCCAUGUCCUACAAACACAUACACGGCACUGCCGGGUGCGACUUCGUUGGCUGAAUGUUUACCUGGUCCUGGUUUUUACAGCGAGCGUGGCGAUGCGAUUAAAAACACUGUAUCACGUAUGGAAUCUUUUGAGGGCAGCACUCUGGACAAGUCUACGGUAACCUGUGCUUCCAAAGUUACUUUCGAUGAUUCGUUUGCAAUCACCAUUUUAUCGCGUUCUCUUUCGUCUUGCGUCGAUUCAUGUAAGAAUAACAUAUACUGUCGUUUUGUAUCCUAUGGCGAUGCGUAUGACGAGGUUGUACACACUGAUGCUAUGCUAGGAGGCGAUUCCAGUUACAUUUCGUAUCGUCCUUGCAAGCUGAUAAUGGCUUAUGAGCGGUUCCGUGUGCCCAAGUUAGGAGCAUCGAUGGAACCCCUUGAUCUCAAGAAACAUCGACACCAAGUAUUAUGUGAAGUUUCACGUCCAAAACUGUUUCUGGAUUACAGUUCUUUGACGAUCAAGCGUUGUCCAAUGAACCAUUAUUGUCCUGGUGGAGAGAAAUUCACGAAGUUCCCGUGCCCUGAGAACUCCACUACAAUCACUGACGGAGCCAGCCACAGUGGCCAUUGUUUGUGUUUGCCAGGUUUUGAGCUAUCGAGCAGCACAGGUCUGAGCAAGUGUGUUCCUUGCAAGGAAGGUUUUUACAAAGAUUCUACAUCCAAUGCCCCUUGCUCAGCUUGCCCGGAAAUGAUGACUACAAUCAAUACAGGAGCAGUUUCUGCAAGUCAAUGUGUGUGUUCUGUCGGCUACUUUGCGUCUCCAGUCACGGCGAUGACUCCAGUGACGCAAUCUCCUGCUUUGAUUACGUCAUUCCUGCGUUUAAGUGGCACAGCUCGCAUGUAUUCACGCAAGUCUGUGUUGACGAAGUUUUUGAAGGACAACUUCAACAUUUUGGGCGAUACCAACAGCUCUAAGCUGCUGAAUAGUAUUAAAUGUCAUACGUGUCCUGAUGGGUACGCAUGUCCUGGAAGAUGGUUACCCAAUAACACAUUUUCCAUCCAUAAUCCACCUGUUUCGUGUCCUGAUGGAUCUGCGGUGCCUCGAUUCUCCGAGAGUGCGAAUUCAGUAGCGAAAUGUAUCUGCAAACCAGGUUAUGGUGCUGGAAAGGCCUUUGGCGGUGAUGUGUUUUUAUCAUGUCAGAAAUGUGCUCCUGGUACAUUCAGUGAGACCUAUGGAACGUCAACAUGUCCUGGUCGUUGCAACGACUAUGCCAUUACAUUCCCUGGUGCGUCUUCGUUCAAAGAUUGUUUCUGCCUUCCUGGUCGUUUCAUGACCCUUCAGCUUAUCGAUGGUGAAGAGAAGUUUGUCUGCAAGAAAUGUUCUGAAGGUACUGUCUGUCCAGGUGGUUUCACAUAUCGUCAUUUAUCGGCAAGGCUGUCCGACAACCCACAAGUGGCCAUCUUUAGUCACACAACGCAAUACCCUCGUAUUGGAUACAUGGCCAUUUUCAAGAGACAUGUUGCUACUGCGGGCAAGAGUAUCAAGUGGAUGCCCAAUGACCACUCAACGUACAUUGUUGAACCGCCUACCCCAGCGCAGUAUGGUCUUUAUGAUAAUAUCCCUGACAUACAUCCUUGCGUUUAUUCUAACCGUUGCAACACUUUUGGUGAAGGUGGCUGUUUAGAAGGAUCUAAUGGAUAUCUUUGUGGCAAAUGUACUUCGGGCUACGAUGUACGGCACUUCCAGUCCGACUGCUUUCAAUGUAGAAGACCGUUUUAUGAGUUUUUAAAUCUCGUUGCGCCUAGAUUUAUUUUGUUGAUGUUGGUGUUUAUUGUAUCUGAGUUGAAUGAUCGGGCUUCAAGAGGCGGUGAUUUCUCUAUUGUAGUACUUUUCAAGAUUUGGUACAUGUUUUCGCUUUCCCUUGUGCCACUUGGUAUGCAACAACUGAACACAUCUUCCAGUUUAGUGCGUUUCUACACACUCUACCACAACUACUUCUACAAGCCUAUUAAUCUGUUCAUGCACACGGAGCGUCUAGGAUGCUGGAAGGGCUCUAUUAUUUGGAUUUCAUCAUUGUUGAGAUGGUUAGGUCUCCCUCUUCCAGAAUUAAAUUCUCCGGAUGAUUUGGACUAUAUCUAUCUAUGGUAUAUGCAACGUUUCUUGGGUCUGGCGAAACCAUUCACUGAUGUUAUUUUGCUUUGUAUCCUUUAUUACCUAUGCAGUGUUUUGUAUAGGUCUGAGAAAUAUAUCUUUAAGCGUGCAACUUCUACCCCUGCAUUGGGACAGCGCCUAAUGGCGUUGAGCAAAAUGGUUAAAACAGAUUCUCAAAAGGGUAAUGAUGAGGAUGCUGCAGUGUCUGAUAUGUGUCUUGAGUCGUUGGACGUUGUUGAAGGUUCUGACCCCGUGGGUGUGGUUUACAUGAAACGUCGUCGUACCGGGGAUGUGUUUUUGAUACAGCAGAUUCUUUUGUUGCUGGCGUUCCACUUACCAGCUACGGUGAUCAACAGUUUGUCGAUGCUGUGGUGUGGAUCUGUGCGAUACAAGGAUGGAGGCCUGGUAAACGUGCUGAUGCAUCUCCCUGAUCAAGUUUGUGAUCCCAAUGAUCGUUUGUUCCGCAUUGGCCGUGCCGUGGGUAUAAUCAACCUUUCCUUGUGGCUUCUUAUGCUUUUGUCAAUGUUUUAUAUGCUAUCGACGUCCAACUAUGGUUACCGUUCUUGGAACACGCUGUUCAUGUCUGGUUGCGACUCUAACUGCCGAUGGUGGGAUGCUGUACAUUUCUCACGGCAGUUCCUUUUGGCUUGUUUGGUUGUGUGCCACUAUUCGAUAAAGAACAAGGGAGACACUGAGUAUGUACGUGCUACCUGUUAUUUCAUUUUACACUUCGUUUAUGUUACUUUGCACUUGACCUUUUCUCCCUACGAUAAACGGAACAAUGACUGUUUCAACAGCUUGGAGACUUUGACUUUAUUCAGUAACCUGUGUAUGUCUAUUUUCAUUCAGGGCAGUUAUUUGUAUGACUUUUCUGAUUUAGGAGGUUUUCCCAUUGUUGUUUCUCUGCUAGUUCAUAUAAAGAUUAUCUGGACGAUCGUUUUGGAGUACUGGGACAUUCAAUUUGUUAAUAUGAAGAACAGCGGGAAGAAUGAGUUCGUAAACAUGAUUAUCGACCUUCUGCCGUUUGGAUUUGAGCAUCGCACGGCACUCGUAUAUUACGACUACAAGAACGACAACCUUGUUAUGGAAUCAGCGAAAUCACAGGAACUUUCUCGGAGCUUCUUCGAUGUGAUAUCUCGUCCGUUAUUGAAAUCCGCUGGUUUCAUAGGUUUAGCAUCUAGGGGCCCUGAAAGUCCUAGCGCAUGGUCGUACACUCUUCAGAACCGCGAAUUUUUGAUUUCUUGCAUUCGUGACACCAUAGAGCGCCGUUCUAUGCUGAAGCAAGAUGUUUCACUUUCGGACACAUGGUUUUACUUCAUCACGCGUUACGUGUUUUGGUACUGUCAUUGUCUGCACAUUGAUAUUCACGACGAAAACCUAUCGGAGAACGAAUUAUUCCACAAAGUUGUUUAUUACCACUUCUUCCCGCAGGAAAAUAUGGAUGAGUUGUCUUUGUCUAAUUUCUUAACAAGAUUUCCCCUUCGACGACUUUCAUCGCACGGUUCCGUUCACCACAAUGGGAAACGCUGCGAUGGUAAAUGUGCUAUAUUCUCUGGUUCUAAAAAGAAGCGCAAGGUUGACGAGGUAGCAGAAAGUCUCCUUGUUGAAUGUUUAUUCGACACUGUGUAUGAUCUUGGUCCUGUAACAUUGGUUGAGUUUUAUUCGGGUCUUUUGUCACUGAAUCAGUUACACAACAGUGUCGUGUUCCGCAUGUUUGAAGCAUUCAGGAUCCAUUCCCUAUUUUUGAAGGAUGAAAAGGAGUUCCACCUAUUACGUGAAGCUGUCAGUCUGAAUGAUUCUAUUUCUGCUUUGAAGCAGGACAUAGCGGAUAAAGGGGAGUCCGGUGCUGAGGCAUUACAGCGUUAUCAGCUGACCUCUGAAAUUGAAGAGCUGGAGUCUGGUAUUGACAAACUCAAGGACACCAUUAAGCAUGAACACCAAGUUAUUAUGGCUGGUCGUGCAGCCGCUGCUGUAGCAUUGAACCUACACUUGGGUGUAGACAACAUCGUUGCUGCUGACUUGAGUCACGAAGAUAUUUUAUCUGCGAUAUCAAAUAGUGCCGGCGGUAGUUCUGACCCUUCAGGUCGUCGUAAAGGUGUAUCGGCGCCUGUGUACAACGUGUUAUUGUUCCUGUUUUCUAUUUGUGCGUCUGAAUCGGCAGGAAAAUUGCCAAGAACGACAUGUGCUGUUCCGGGCUUCGGUGAUUGCGACCUAUCGCGUCUAACAUCUUCCCAAACGAAGAAGGACUUCUUUGUAAUAGAGACGGACGAUAUCCGUUCUCCAGCACACUGUACGGGGAGCAGUGUUCCUGUAGUCGAUUCAAUCUACAUCCCUAAGCGCUACGUCCUUAGAGGUUAUUUAUGUUAUAAUGAUGGAGUUGUGAAUAAGGCCGUGGCUAUAAUUGACUACAAGGGUAUCCGUCUAGGAACCGUCGAGGCGCACAUAUCCUACGGCCGAUCAUGGAAGCUGACUGCCGACGUAUCCGUCCCUUUUAAGGAAGAUAAACCGUUCAAUGAUACUCAUUACCACAUCGCCUUCAAACAUAAGGACUGCAGUUCUGGUUCCGGUAUUUUGGUUACCCCCCAAAAGAAAACGCAAAAAUCGAAAACAUUGCUCUACGGCGUGACCUACCAUGGCCCAGAGUCCGUGAAAGAGUACACUAUGGGCACUGUGCUUUGUGUAUGUCCCUUAUCUAGUAAAUGUACAACCGUUGCGGACUACAAACAGUAUCUGAGCCAUCCAGAAAUAGAGGGUCCCUACAUCAACGGGCGUAUGUUUGUUGAUUGUUCUUUCGGUGCAAGAUGUUUUAUCAACAUUGACGGUAAGUUCAAUAACACGCAGAAGAAAUUUGCUGUGUCCCCCAGCAAGAGCUUCGCUAAAUACACGAUGCUGGAUGAUAAAGGCAAGAAUUAUGAGUUCAAGAUCAGUAAGGAUACCGUAUCUUACAGCAAGUCCAUUGAGUUGACGCUAGAAUGGUUCCCAAGUGACAAUCAGCAUCCUAGAAUAGUGGAUAUCGGCACUCUCUGGUUGCAUAAUUACUAUGAGGGCGAUUUAUAUGUUUUACCCUUCGGUGCUCAGCAAUUAUUUCUUCCUCUUUCUGGAUCAAAGUUUGAGAUGGCUACCUUCUCUAUAAUUGAGUUUACGCAGUUGAUCUCAGACAGUGAUUCCGUUGAUGUGGGAAACAUCUGGACUAAUAUUGAAACGAUUGAAAGGGUACAGGAUCAUUUUUUAAUUAGCCAUACCUUCGAGUCCGGUAAGAAAUACGGUCUUUCCGUUAGUUGGCAGGGUUCAUCAUCCGAUUCUUCUGAAUAUCCUGACAGUACUUCUAGAAGUGCUUUGUUAGGUCAUGUAAUUCCGAAGGGUGUUACGGAAUACGUCAAUCGUCUCGUAACGGAAGACAACAGUGUAUGCAUCCAGAUGCCAACACUCAAUAUGAGUGCGUUGUCAAGGACGGAGCCGAUUAUCCUUGCUCGUAGUUGCGGUUGGGAAUCUGUGGAAUUUCCAUAUAUGACUUUGGAUGGUCUCGUUUCUCGUGUGAGACUUGAGAGUGCUGAGAAGAAGGCCUCAUUUAAGUGGUUUAAUUCAGGUAUUGGCUAUGAGGUGGUAGCUGGUGAUAACUUGAAGCUAUGUUGGUGUGGUGUCAGUUUGGGUUUUGAUUCUGAGUGUUCUGAUAGUGGUUAUGGAGUGGAAGUUGGUAAUGUCUAUGUGACGCCAAAAGUCGGCGUGCCUAUAAAAUGUUACCUUGGAUCCUUUUGCGCUACAUAUGCCGUAAGUAGUGAUGAUGCUACCAAAUUCUAUCUUUCUCCAACUUGCGAGCUUACAAAUGCAUUGAAGUUCGAGAACGGAUCAUUAUUUUUUGCAGCUUCUCGAAUCGAUAUUCACAACAUGGUUCAUCUUACAGGUUCUAUUGGUACAUCAGCCGAUGUUGGAAAAUACAAGCUUUGUUUUAGAAGCGAGACUAGUGAGAGCUCUACUCCCGAUAUUUUACCCCUGUUUCAGCAAGAAUUUUACGUAGAACGGUUAGAGUUGCUAGAGCCCCGGUACUAUUUGGAUUUGUUUGGCACGGUUGAACUAAAUUUGAAGGGCAAUAAUAAGAUUUAUCAAUAUCUUCUUGUCUCCGAGUCCUGCAACGGCACCGGUCCGGUUCCUGAAGAAGCAUUAUACACGGAUAAAAGUUUUUAUGCUUCUCCGACAAUCUAUGGGAGUUUGUUGAAAGUGUGUUGGUGCAAGCCGCAUGGCGAUAUCCUUUGUAAGAGGCGUGAAGAUUUCAGGCUGGAGGUUGGUGAGAUAUUUUUGAGCGGUUUUCGAGACACCGCUGGUCUGUAUUGCGAUGUGAAAUCCUCUUGCACAAUCCGUUUAGAAUUUUGGUCCUACUACAGCAAUGAUGAGAGAAAUAUCAAAUUGCCCUCAGCCAAUUCAACACUAAAGAUCCAAAAGGAAGAAUGCAACGCUACCAAUGUUGUCAGUGAUGUGUUGAACUACUCUGGUAAAUCCGAGAGCGUUGUGAUGGAUCAUGAGGGCCUGACUUACACUUUGAAGCACGAUCUUUUUUACUCAGGUACUCUGCAGCAUGAUACUCCUGGUACCUACAACCUGUGUUAUCUGGAUGUUAAUAUCCAGGAACCCGUGAAGAUCACUGAUAUCUAUAUUCGCGCUUCCGUAAGCAGCGCCACUGCUAUAGGUAUAUUUUUAGGCAGGCCCUUCAACAUAGUUUUGCGAGGUCCAUAUACGUCUGAUAUGUCUGGCUUUUUGACCACUGAUCCUAAUUGCAACAUUGAGAUUGGCAACGAUAACUACGAUUUGUCCAUGCCAGAGUCUCCUACAAUUACCACUGAUCACAUGGGAUCGAUCAUAAUGAUAUGGCCGUAUGUGUCCAUAUUGCGCAGUGCUAAAGGUCGUGAGAUGGCCAAGAAAGGGAGAAGAGGGGAGACUGUGAGGUAUUAUUUUUGUCUCUCAGGCGCCCAUAGGAACCAUGCCACUGGCCGUAGCUAUAUGCUGUUUGUUACGCCUCUGUUGACCAAAUCAUUUUCGGAUGGUGCUCGUGGUUUCAGUGAUCUUCAACGUCAGAUUUUACCGCCUGGUUUGGCCUACAUUUUGGUUGUAACAUUGUUGGAAGAGCCUACAUCACUUGAGUCAUGUGAAUCUAAUAGUUGGAGAAGAGAUCUUACCCGUGUUGCUCUAUCAGUUUAUGAACCAACUUAUGAGUUUUUUGGUAAUCAUUUUCCUACGUUGGUCUACUCGAAGAAUACGUAUAUCUGCAGCUGUAUGGGUGAUGGUGGUCUUGUUCUUGGCGAUUUCCGCACAAGUGUUUACAUUCCGUAUGAUAUGACGCCACCAUCAUUCCAGAUCCUGCCAUAUGAUCGGCGUCCGCUAAAUAUGUUUGUAGUUGGCGGUUACGUGAGUUAUUUUGACCGUAUAAGGCUGUUUCUCGGCGUUGGCCGGUGCGGUGAUAUGGGUGCCCACAGCUUAUACCGUGCUGCUCCACCUGCUUUAACUCCUCGGCAAUCCAUUGCUCGCCAGCAAAGUCUACGUCCUACGAAAUCUUCCAAUUUGCCAGAGGCGCUACGUGCAUUUGGGAUAUAUAAAAAGGAUGAUUUUAUUUGGGAGUCCCAGGGUCUGCCUACGGUUGAGGCUCCAAGCAACUCCCACAUUUUGUAUCAUAUAUGUUUUUGUCCUUCUACGGCACGUCACAGCUGCAAAAAUAUGAUGGAUUAUACUGAAUGGUUAGGGGUUGUUGCGACAACUCUUCCGAAGAGCGAUGGCGAUGUUCAUAUGAUGCGUCUUACGGUGUUUCCUUCUGACAUUGACCAUCGUUUGCCUGAGUGCGUUACCAAGGUAUCUGUUCAGCAUUCUGUAUCAUAUUACAAUGUAAUUGACCACCGAGAGCGCCUUAGUGAUUUCAUUUCUGAUUACUUACGACGUCACCAUUCUACUCACGAGGGUUUUUUUUUAGAGAUUUGCGAGGUAACUCGUGAUAAAGAUUUCGAAGGUUUAUUCAGACACCAUCGUGUUUUUGGCAGCUUACACAGCGGUUAUUUUCCAUUGCAGCGUCCCUAUAUUACGAGCGGUACGGCUAACAACCUUAUUGUGUACGGUCAUAAAAUGAAACCUGCUUUCAUUGAUGGUCUAGUUGUCAUAAAAGCGAGCAGUACUUGUGACAAUAUAAAGGAUAGCACGAGAAUUGCGUAUGCCACUACCUACAAGCGUUUUACAGAAGACUUUGUUAUUUUCUGUGAUAUUAAGGUCCCUGAGGCUGGUUUGUAUAAGUUUUGCUUGAGUGUAAACCCAGCGUCACUGCCGUCCGCACUAGAUACUACUCUCUUUUCUAUCGAUUAUAAAGAUGUGCCACCCAAGUCACAAAGUGAACGUGCCGGUGCGGUUUCUAAACCCAAAGAGCCUGAUAGAACGUCAAAACCACAAGGUUUGUCUUUAGUCACCGUUUCUAAAUCUGGGCAUGCUAAAAGAGCUGAUACUUCAGCUCGUCGAAAGGCGUCAGAUUUCAAUUUGUCGAAGAAACAAAGUGGCAGUUCCCAAUGGGACCUUGGUGGUAUCCUAAAUGUGGUUGAUUAUCAAGUUUUUUGUUUGCCAGAUUUGUUAAUUCUUCCGUUUCGUUCAUCGGAUAACAUACCAUUUAAAACUCGAGUACGUGGUUCUGGUCUUUUUUGCAGGUCUGAAUGGUACCGUAAUUUUUCAGUAUUAUGUAUCCUAGCGAUGCAGCGUAUGGCUAUCGUCUCUGAUUGCGAGAACCAUUUAUGGUUGGCUCAGCUUCCUGAAAUUGAUGUUUUAUCACGUCCUAAUGUAAAACCUCAACGUUUAACAUCUUUAGAAUGGAUGUUGGAUCCUGAGCCUCUGUGGAAGGGUUGCAAAGCUGUUGAUUCUAAGAAGAUAUAUUUCCUCGGUAGUAUAUACUUUGUUUCUAUGGCUCUGCCUAUGCAAGAUAAUGGUGGUAAACUUUUAUAUGCGUUUAAGCACGGUUUAUACAAUCCCAUGGACUUCACAACAAUGCGUCAGUAUAUAUUAAUUUCCGAUGAAUAUACGCGAAGUCUGACUAUUUAUCGUGAGAUUCAUCAGGGUAAGCGUAUUGUUUGGCAGACGCAUUCAUUGGUUUACAAAUGUUACUACAACGGAUUGUACUUUGUGGAUCGUGGCGGUGAUAUCGGUGAUUUGUUUGCUUUGGAUGCGUUAACUAAUACCGUAACUCGUUACAAAUUUAACUUCGAAAAGCUUGCGUUGGCGCAUGAUUAUACUUUUCACGGUCUUCCUAGCGCGGAGAGUGACACUGCAACCCCAAUGACCAACCCAUGCUGUAUUGACGGUUACGUCGAGACUUCUGACUCUGAUCAUGUUGAGAUAUUGUUGGUCGGUGAGAGCAUAACAGGUCGAAUUUUAGUGCUUAUCGUGGUGCCUUCUAAGAUUGAGUUAUACAAGGUGAUAUAUACAAAUGUGAUUUUGAGUUCUGUGAAUGUUAUCGAGAAUGGUCUCUUGGCGUUAUCAUCUUGGGGUAUUUCUCAGGGUAACAUGAUAAAUUGCGUGUAUGUUCGUACAAUUAACUCAUAUGUUGAGUUAUCAUUUUACUACAACCUUCUACCGAAGUACACCAUCGGGAGUAACAUUGAGCUGAUCCCUGUUUUGGUUGGCGACCGUUUUGAAUUUUUUAUAGAGGGUAUAGUAGAGACUGAUGCAGGGCCUAGUACUCUUGAUUCUCUGGGUCUUAAGUUGGAUAACAAUACGGGUGUUAUUACUGGUCGUUUGCGUGUGUCUGGUCGUUACAAGCUGCACAUAAUUGGUGGUAAUUUUUUGAAGAGUGAGACUCACGUUGUAGACAUUUUGGGUUUAUGUCCUCCAUCUCACGAGUUUAACCUAGAUACUCAGAAAUGUGAUCUCUGUCCUGUUGGUUUUUACCGUGACGAUGAGGAGGUGGACAAAUGUCUGAAGUGUAGCGAUGCACUGAAUAACAGUACGACACUUACGGUUGGUGCCAGAACCAUCGCUGACUGUGUAUGUGACAAGCAGUUUUACCCCAAGGAUGAUAAAUGUGUUCCGUGUGAGACUGGUACUUUUAAGGGCGAGAUCGGCAACAUUCCCUGCAGUGGCACUUGCGCUCCCAAUCGUAGGUCAGUGCUUAACAACAGCGGUCCCAAGCCUGUGUAUGAUUGUUUGUGCGUGGAGAAGUAUUUCGAUCCUGCUAUUGCAGUGAAGCGGUGGUCUACGUUACCUAAGGCCGUGUUGGAUUCCGUGGGCGUUAUUUUUGACGAAGAUACAAAUGAGCCUACUAAUUUGGAAACCUUUAAAGCGCCUUCUAACGCGUGUAUUCCAUGUCCCGUGGGUUAUUAUUGUCCAGGUAAUCAUACUUUACCUCAGAGUUGUGGUUUCGGUUCCACCACUACUGAUGUUGCCAACGCCGAUCCUUCAACUUGUGUAUGUGACCAGGGUUAUGGGUAUUCAGCUAGGUUCGGUUGCGUUGCAUGUUCUGGAUUUGGUUACAAAGAUGUGGUAGGUAAUACCGAUUGCCGGUCCUGCCAUGAUAACCUCGGUGUGCCUAUAACUUUACCUCUGCUGCCAAACAUUGGUCCUAUCCGCAUUAUUAGCAAAGAGGAGUGGUUUAAUGAAUUAGAAGACUAUGCUCGAAAAGCCCCUCAAUUACAUUCAUCUCUGACCAACUUGUUGGAUUCGGCUACACUUUUCGCGGACACGAACCACGCCCGGACGCAGGACCGUUGCAAAUAUUGUACCGCAGGCUCUUAUUUUGAUAUAAAUACAAGAUCAUGUGUGGGCUGUCCUGCAGAUCGAUUUUGCCCUGGUGGUGAUUAUCAACCGUCUAAUUGUGGUGUGAACGGUAUCACCAAAACUACGAACCGUACGAGUUCUAUGGACUGUUAUUGUGAGCGAGGUUAUGGUAAUCUGUUUGAAGGGCGUCAUCCUACAACGGGUACCAUCUGGUGUCAACAUUGUCCAGCAGGUUAUUUUCAGCACCUUAACCUCAUUGACUACGGGUGUUUGCCGUGCCCCGAUCAUUCCUCAACAAUUAAUCACGGUGCGACAUCACUUUUGCAGUGUUCAGCUGACCCUGGUUCGUACCUAUCGAUUACUAAGAUCCAUCGUGAUUCUGGGAUUGUGACUGAUCUUUUGGAGGAGCUUGGUGAUGAUUUUGAGAAUAGGUUGGGUGCUGAUCGCGAGCAUUCGUGGAUGUCGUGUUUCUUCACUCCGCGUUCUAGCAUCAAAUCGGCCCACCGUGAGACUGUGCUGCGUGAUACUAGUGAUGCAUGUGAAGUUAGUUGUGUGGAUAAUGUCUACUGCAAAGGUUACGUCUUUGAAGAUACAAUCCGUUUUGUGGAUUAUGAAUCGAACCCUCACAAUGCAAACGAGUUUGUUUUGUUUAAUGGUUUGCGUUUCCUAAAGGAAUCUUACGGUGUGUGUACUCUUUACUUUUUUUCGCUUAGUUUCCUGCAAAUCAGUAAGGGAAGCCUUCACGAUGUAUCUUCUGAUGACGUUGUCUCAAUCUGCAAGGUCUACGAUCCACAGUAUGAGUACGAGUUCGUUACUAAACCUUGUCCACUGGGUUACUAUUGCCAAGGAGGGACUGGUUAUACUCGCUGUCCGGAGCAUUCUACUACAAUGGUUGAAGGUGCUUCUGAUGUGAAUCACUGUCUCUGUGCUGCUGGUUACGAGAUAUCUACAUCCCAGAACAGCGUCUGCGUUCCGUGUUCCCUUGGGUCUUACAAGCAAGAGAUUGGAAAUAUCGGUUGUCGUCGUUGUCCUGACAAGUUCAGGACUUUUAAGACUGGAGCUAAGCUGAUAACUGACUGUGCCUGCAGUCCUGGUCACUAUGCACGUCUAAUAAGGGGUCCAGAAGUUUUGACGUAUGAGGCGAUAUACAAGCGCAUGAAGGACCAUACGGUUUUGAAAAGUUCUGAUGAUGAGCUAAUGAACUUUUAUCAAGAGUUAUGGCGUACCGAGGAGCUUCGGAAUGCUUCUAGAUCCGGUAGUGCUAACCCUUACCGUAUUGGUUUGCCUCGUGAUAUGGUUGACUUUCGUUCUCAUAUUGACUCCUUUAUCUUUUUGUCCAAGGCUUUACUUUUGUUACCUCAAAAUGGUCCUGCUGCGGUGAUAACCGAUGAUGAUUACAUUAUUGCUUGUGAGCGGUGCAAGCCGUAUCAUUAUUGUCCCGGUGGUUGGGCGUCGUCAUCUCCAGAACGUAUGAUCCACAACAUUCCUUACAGGUGUCCAGACGGUUCCAACGUUCCUACGGAAGCGACUAACGCGACAUCUGUUUCCCAAUGCCUGUGUAUCCCUGGUUACCGUUUGAAUACUGACGCUCCUAUGAGUGCCUCGGUUUCUGUCCCUAAAGUUCCGGCGCCUAAACAGGCCCCGGAGUCUAACUCGGAAUCUAAAGAUACGUCUACGAUUUCACUUUUUAAUCCCAUGGCUACUGCUGAGGGUAUAGAUCAGAGUGCUACGGACUCCCAGGAGACUAUUAAACCAAGUCUGAGUGCUCUUUUAUCGGGUUCUUCAUCGCAUUCGUCGGUGACUGCUCGUGAUUGGCUAGCGUUACACUUUCGCACUCAUUGCGUGAAGUGCGAGGCGGGUAUGUACAAGGAGGGUCAAGAGAACUCCUCUUGCAGUGGUCGUUGUAUGCAAUAUGCGACAACGUACGGUGGCGCCGUAUCUCCAAAGCAAUGUUUUUGCAAUUACGGCCGUUACAUGACGUUGGAUGAUACCCUUGGUUCUAUGCAGCUUCGUUGUGCUCGUUGUCUUGAAGGUGCGAUUUGCCCCGGUGGUUUGUCUACUGCGGUGAUUGACAUGUUGCGCAACGACCGUACCUAUACAAAGAUCCAAUUGAAGGACCAUCGUCGUCCUAUGGCUCGUUUCGGUUAUUUUGCGGCAUUCAAAGAUCAGGGUGUUGCUCUUUGGUCGCCGCUUAGUCAAUCUCCAUCAUCAUUUCGCCAUGUUUCAACUGACAUGCUUGACUUUCACGCGUGUCCUAUGGAAUACUUAUGUACGAGUUGCGAUAGUACUCCUUGCGAGAAGGGUUCUACGGGUUACCUUUGUAUGAAGUGUUUGAAGGGUUACGACCGUCCUUUUUUCCGUAGCAAGUGUAUCGAAUGUGGCGGCUUAUGGAGUGCUGUUAGAGCGUAUGUUUCGCGUAAAGCGUUAUUGUGGGUCAUAGCGUCAUCUAUUUUGUUUCUUCUUCACAAGCGGUUGUUUUACCAAUUUGUGAUAAUGAAGAUAUGGCUGGAGUUUUGUUUUUCUAUGGUUCCUUAUGGUAUUUUCCCAUUAAAUUCUGAGUCAAGUUUGAAACGUUUUGCAUCUCAAUAUAACGCGGUAUUUGGUCACCAGCAACGUCUGUUCAUCUACGCUCGUGUGAGUUGUCUGAUUGAACAAUAUGCUCGUUACGACUUGACGAAUGCUCAAAAAUGGUAUAUUCAGAGGUACUUGUCUCUAUUUCAACCUAUAUUGGAUGGAUCUUUGUUGUAUGUAAUUCUUCUUUUGUUGCGUCUAGUAUGGCAUGUGUUACGUCGUCUUCGUCGGCACAUCCCGCGGCGUUAUAGUUUUGUUGCUAGUCCUUCAGGUACCCUGGAUAACCAGGGGUCGAAUGUUAAUGCGCUUACAGGUAGCGACAUGGAUGCUUUGACUGAUUCGUCUCAUGACAAUGGUCGUUCUAUAUUCGAGGAGAUGCGUUCCCUGCGUCGUUGGCAAUGGACAAGCCCCUGCAGGUGUCUGAUGGUUAUGUACUACAUUAGUUUCCAAUUCAUUUGUCAGGAGUUACUUCAGACGCUUUGGUGCGUGCCUGUACAAUAUAAGUCGGAACCUGCAAUUAGUGUUCUUCUUUAUAUGCCUACGGUAAUCUGCAAUACUGAUGACCGUUUGUUUUCGGUUGCUCAAAUAGUGUCCUGUACUGUUUUAGUGGUUCUGAUCCUGUUUAGCAUCGGUUUUGUAUUUUUUUCUGUUCGACGUCGUGGUUCUGUGCGUCUAUUUAGUAGCGGUCGUCAGCGUCAUACAUUAGCGUGGGAUGCGGUUCUUUUCGUUCGUCGUUUUUUGGUUGCUGUUGUUGUAAUUUUCCAACCUUACACGUUGUCUCCCGGUUCUUCUGAGAAGCUUCGUAUGAUUGGUAGUGUUUUGGUUACAACUCUGUUGCUGAUAGCUCAUUUGUCGGUUUUACCUUACCAAGUGCGUGAUGACAAUUUGUUUAACCGUCUUGAGUUAUUUGCUAUGUUAUUGAACUGUUUUACCGGGUUUUUGAUUUUAGGAAGCUUUAGUUACGACUUCAACUACACUGGUUUAUUUCCAAUUGUUGCGAGUUUGUUAUAUUCUUGUUUGCUACUGUGGUACAUGUUGGUAGAGUGUGGUUUUAUUUCUGACCUCCGUCCUACUUUACGUCGUCGUCUUGGUACGUUACCUAACUUUUGGAGUUUCUGUAGGAAGUUGUUACUAUGGCAUUGUCAUUCUCAGAUAACGUUUGAUUACAACACAUGCAAUGUUGUAAUUGAGCGUCCAUUUACCGGUCACGCAUCCCCUCGUAAGCGUCCGCUUCACGGUGAACGCAACACCCAUGUAACUCUUGCAGGACGUCGUGCUUUUUGUCUGUGCAUUCAGCAGUCUGUGAGUCGUUACGUUGUUGAGCACGGUUGUUUCAGCGUUCCGUUAGACUGGGAGGAAUUUUUGGUUCGUUAUUCUUUCGCUUACAAAUGUUUGAAUGCGCAUAUGCGUGGCGGCAACGUUGUAAGCACGGAGUUUUAUAUAGAGAAUUUAUAUUCUGGUGAUUUGUUUGACGCCGGUCCAAUAAACCCUUGGCAGAUGAGUAUCGCCACAUUGAACGUGCCUAUAUCAUCUCUGGCUUCAUGUUACAAAUUAUUUGAGAAUACUAAGCUUGGCGUGUUAUAUGAUUUGAAAUGUCGUUACUCUGAGCUUUGUGUCGAGGCCACUGAAGAGCUGUCUGGUCGUACGAGUGACGUGGACGACGUGAUUUCUCAGGAGCACGAAUUGGCGAGAUUGCGUAGGGUUAAAGAGCACCUCAGUAUCGCUGUUGCUGCGCAGUUACGUAAUGCGAAAGAUGGGCAACGUGCUACUCGUGCCGUUCAAGCCAUGGAGAACACGGUGUCAGACUUGGUGGAGACCGAUCUCACCAAUGAAGAGAUUUUGGAGAAGAUAGCUGAAUAUCAGCGCAAGUACCCUUCAUCAACUCGUCAUAUUGACUAA